AUGCAUACUGUUUUUCGAAUUGGUGACAUUCGAAAACUUGACAACAAUCGUCCACUAUAUCAAGUUGAUCUUAAACUUACGUCAGAUGACGACCAACAACUCCGGCAAUUAACUGAACGUAUACGACAAGAAACUGCAGGUGGAACUGGAUGGCAUCAAUUAGGUGAAUUACUACUUAAAAUAGGGCAAUUCAAUAAGGCCGAAGAGUUGUACACAGCACUAUUAGAACAAACAUCCAAUGACAGUGAUAGAGCAUUUAUCUAUCAUCAACUUGCAUAUGUCAAAAAGAACCGAGGAGAAUAUAAAGAAGCAGUGUCAUUUUACGAAAAAGAUCUGAAAAUCAUGAACAAAGUUCUGCCUCCGAACCAUCUUGAUUUGGCAGCUUCCUACAGUAACAUCGGUGGAGUGUAUCAAGAUAUGGGUGAGUACUCUAAAGCUCUUGAAUUUUACGAGACAUCACAUAGAAUAAAAGAAAUGGUUCUACCUUCGAAUCAUCCCGAUUUGGCUGCUUCCUACAACAACAUCGGUCUUGCGUAUAAUCACAUGGGUGACUACUGGAAAGCACUUGAGUAUUACGAAAAAUCACAUAAAAUCUUCCAACAAGCUCUGCCUUUAAAUCAUCCCGAUUUAGCUACUUCCUAUAACAACAUUGGUACGACGUAUCAUAACAUGGGUAAUUAUACAGCAGCUCUGAAGGCUGUUCAAAAUGCUCUAAAUAUCCGGCAAAAAACAUUUCAAGAGAAUAAUGCAGUUUUCGCUUUUACAUAUGCUUCGUUCGGAAGAAUUUAUUGCAGUAUGAAAGAUUACUCAAGGACACUUGAUUAUUUUGAAAAAUGUUUCACAAUAGACCAAAAGACAUUACCUGAAAGACAUCCCAAUCGAGCUCUUACAUACAGUAAUAUAGGUGAUGUUCAUCGAUUAAUGGGAAAUUAUCAAAAGGCACUUUUCUUUCAUCAAAAAGCAUUAAAUAUACAAGAAAAUGUUCAAUGUAAUCCUUUAGAAUGUGCAAAAACAUAUAAGAAUUUAGGUGAAACUUAUCGAGAAAUGAAGUGUUAUUCAACAGCAUUGAUCUAUUAUCAAAAAGGAUUGAAAAUAUGUGAAAAUAAGCUACCGAAAAAUCAUCCUGAUUUAUCUGUAAUCUAUCAUAAUUUGGCAACAUUAUAUUUGGCUACUUGUCAAUAUAAUUUAGCAAUGAAAAAUGUUCUACGAGCGAUAGAAAUAGCUCAAGACAAAUUACCAUCAACUCAUCCUGAUCUUUUAGACUAUAAAGAAACAUUAGAAAAAAUUCGAAAUUUGUAA